AUGGCAACACUUUCCCUCCCUCUCUAUCAAAACACACUCCCUCUUCAUCAUUUAUCUUCUAAACGCCGUCGGUUUCCCAUUCCAAACCUUCACUCACCUCUCAAAAUCUGCUCUUCUGGUAGUGAAGAUGGAUCUAAAUCAAGGGAAAGCUUGUUUCGGUUUAGUAAGGAGAUUAAUUGUGUGGCUUGUGGCAUUCUUGCUGCUUGGGCUGUCACUGCUGCUUCACCUGUAAUUGCUGCUAGUCAGAGGCUACCCCCACUAUCAACGGAGCCCAAUCGGUGUGAGAAGGCAUAUGUUGGGAACACAAUUGGCCAAGCAAAUGGUGUUUAUGACAAGCCUAUUGAUCUUCGCUUCUGCGAUUACACAAAUGAAAAAUCCAAUCUAAAGGGGAAGUCUCUAGCAGCAGCACUCAUGUCAGAUGCCAAGUUUGAUGGCGCUGAUAUGUCAGAAGUGGUAAUGUCAAAGGCUUAUGCUGUUGGAGCUAGCUUUAAAGGGGUAGACUUCACAAAUGCUGUUUUAGACCGAGUUAACUUCGGGAAAGCUAAUCUCCAAGGAGCUGUAUUUAGGAACUCUGUACUAUCAGGCUCCACGUUUGAGGAAGCUCAACUGGAAGAUGCUGUUUUCGAGGACACCAUUAUCGGCUACAUUGAUCUUCAGAAGCUUUGUAUAAAUAAAUCAAUAACUCCUGAUGGAAGGGCUGAACUGGGAUGCAGAUGA